GAAAGAUGGCGUGGAACCUACUGGUGGUUGUGGUUCAGUAUUCACAGACAAGACUGAAGCACUUAAUUGUCUUAAAUUGAACAGUGGUGCUCGGCUUAAAGCUUUUGAUACAAGAGAGGAGGCAGAAGCUUUUGCAUCUGGUAAACUAAACGCAUCAUUUCGGCUCCUCUCUCAGGAAUUGUCACCAGGAUGGACUGAACCUACUUCUGAGUACAAAGGACCUAAACGGGGAGAAAUCACCCGUUUUCGCAAACUUAUUGAAAACUGUGAUUAUGAUAACCUUGCGAAAAUAAUCUAUAGCAAUCCAAAGUAUCUAAUUAGCACUGCUGAUACCCCUGUCAUCAUUCAAGAAGGGUGUCAUUACAAUAGCAUGCAUGUUGCUGCAAAAACUGGUCAGAAGGAUAUUUGCGAGUUAAUUAUUGAAACCCUUAAUGAUGAUGAAUUCUGGAAACUAAUCUAUCCAAACAAAGAAAAAGGAAUAGAUGGUUGGCAAAAACUAAAUAACAGAAGGAAAGCAUUUACUUUGGAUUUGUAUCUAAACACACCAGACAGAGGAAGUUGUGAAACACCGUUGCAUUUUGCUUGUAAAUUUGGAAAAGCGGAUGUCGUUAAAUAUUUGUUGUCUUGCUCGGGUGUUGAACGAUCUGUAUUAAACAAAGAUAGAAGAACAGCAGAAGAGGUCAUAUGUGCCCGAGUGCCGAAUUGUGAUGAAGACCUACGAUCAAGAAUUCAAAGCAUGUUUGACAAACAAGAAAGCGUCUGCGUGCCUAUUCUACGUUCAGAUGACAACUGCGCGCCUCCAAAAGUUGGAGCUCCGUGGUCUCCGAGUUGUCAUAUGAAAUUUGAAGAAGCCGUGGGUAAAAAGUCCUGGGGAACCAACAUACAAAGUUCGAGCGUUCGCAGGGCCCAUGUCGCCACAUGA